AUGAAUGGUGUGCCUCUUGUUCAGGUGCGCUACAACAAACAGUACGAGGACGGGAUGAUUCACAAGCGGACCAAAAUGACAAUGUUGGCCGCGCUCCAGUAUCCACUCGAGAGAGAGAGGUAUCUCAACAUUGGAAUGAUGAUGCAAUAUAUUACAGUACCAAGGUGGAUAUACGCUGUGAAAGACCUUGUCCAACGGUUCGCCGGCACUGAGGUAAUCGAGAAACGCAGCUCCCGCCGGAUCUCAACGCGCAUCCUGGAGGACACGGACACCACGCACCUGGGGAUGGACAUGGACAUGCUGUCCUCGUCGCUCACCCAGGGCUGGUUCCACGUGCUCGUCGGCAGCGUUUCCAUCGGUUUCAUGCUGCUACUCAGCGGCCUCGCCGUCUACUCCAACUACCGAAUGACCGAUGUUGUGCUCUCGCUGGUCGUCACCUCGCAGGGCAUCUACGUGCUCCUCUUCGCCAUGGAGAUACUCAUCGUGGUGUACACGACGGGCACGUUCGCACUCAGCCGGGACGCAUGGCAGCAUAUGGACGUGGUUCUCUUCUUUCUCGUCGUGGCCGAGUUCGUGCUCAUCAGCUUGGUCACGCCGAGCUUGACCGAGAAAGUCUACGCCCUCUACCUUCAGGUCAGCUUCAUCGUCCUCCUGCUCAUCAGGAGUUUCAAGGCGCUUCAGAAGAGGGCCGUCCUGUUCGUCUGGCUCUGGGACCUGCUGGACAGCGUGCUAAACCACAAGCUGUUCUACGCGUACGACUUGAGCUGUGCCUACAUCACGGCCGAGGAUGAGGCCAUAGACAAGGUGGUCCGCUUCGUGCAGUCCUCUAACCUCGCAACCAAGAUCAAGGGAAGCUGCAGCAAGAACAAGCUCCAGACGCUGAAGAACGUGAUGGAUAUCCAGCAGAAGUACCCCAACAUCGAGGUGGCCACCAAGACACGGCAGUGUGCCCGCAGGUGCCUCAACAAGGCGCUCGACGCCCUGCACGAACUGCACGACGGAGGGCUCCUGGACGACAAGCAAUUCACCAUGUUGCUCGAGGACAUGACCUGGAGGAUCCACGCCGUGGACGGCAUGCCGACCAACAUCAGCGUGGGUCACCCCGCGUUGUCCAUCAUGCAGAGUAUUCCCUGGUUGCCGCGCAACGUCGUGCAGACCUUGCUCGAGAAGGCCGCUUUUUCCGCGCAACUUGCGGCUCGUGCUCAGGUCUCUGGCAAGGGCUACGACAACUACUGUAACGUCGAGGGCCGGCUCGAGAACGCCGAUUCGAACCAGCACUUCCAUAACGAGGGCGACUUUAAGGACUACCUGGUGUCCCCCAGUGCGCUCGGAGUUAUCGGCUUUCUCACGGACACGGUGUCCGUCUGCCACGCCGUCUGCGAGACAGAUGUCGAGCUUUGCAGCAUACCAAUGGAGGUGAUGCAGCGCAUCGUGGAGCGACACCCGGACGCACCGACCGUCAUCUACCGCAUGUGGUUCUCUGUGGCCGUCCGAAUAUCCCUCGGGCUACUCAUGAACGAUAAGCGAUACCUGGACUGGUCGUUCGACCGACUCAAACGCUUCCUGGAAAACGGAAUCAUGCCGAACCUGCAGUACGCCAUCGAGUUUGCACUCGACGACGCCGUGCAAGACGUCAUCCUGAUCCAGGGAACCGUGAGCUCUGUCGACGGCGAGGAAACGUACACAGGCCCUGUCUCUCUGCCGGUCUCCCUCAGGAACAUGACGCUACCCGGUUCCCCUGAGGACCGCCCACGGCCCAUAGUGCUGAUAACGACACCGAUGCGGUACCACAUGCCUGCGGAGCUGGACUGGUACCACCAGCAACUCCACAGCUACGACUACAUCUCCAGGCCAAAAGCGUCGGCGGAUGUAUUUAUGCGCUGGUGAAUCAUCACGG